CCCGCCCAUAAAAAAAAACCCCAGACUCUCAACUCCCAAUACCCUCACUCUCUCUCCUCUACUGCUCUCUAAAAAAAAAAAAAACAGAAAUGGAAGAAGAAGAAGACGACCAGCAAAACAUCCUAGAUCUGGUCAAAGAAUUAGUCAAUCGCUUACUCUCUCAAAACCCUCAAAACCCUAAACCCCCAAUUUCUAACCCUAACCCUAACUCUCCUGAUUUCCAAAAUUCUCUUCGCUACGCAAUCCGCAUUCUCUCCAGCAGAUUAACCCCAUCGAUUGCCCCUGAUGCCGCCGCAAUCGCUGAAUCCAUCAAGCGUGGUCUUGCCACUCAAGGUAAAUCUUCCCAAGCUCUCACUCUCGCUGAGUUAUACAACAAAUUUGCAUCGAAAACGGGACCGGGAAGUAUUAAUAACAAAUGGGCAGUUCUUUAUUUGCUUAAAAUCAUUUCCGAAGAUAAAAAAAUUGCACAAAAUGCUCCAAAUUCCACGCUUUUGUUACCUAAUUUGGGGUUAAAUGAGCUUGAUUUGAGCAAUGAAUCGCGGAUUUCCCGUGAUUUUAAGAGAAGGGAAAAGGGUUAUGAUAAUGGGGUUUUGUUGGUUAGUAAAGAUCCGGAGAAUUUGCUUGAAAUCGCAUUUAGAGAGUUCGUUAAUCUGGUGAAAGAGGAAAAUGAGGUGUCCGAAGAAGUUUUAGUGAGAGAUGUGUUAUAUGUUUGUCAAGGGAUUGAUGGGAAAUAUGUGAAGUUUGAUGCAAAUGUUGAUGGGUAUGUUUUAUCAGAUUCAAUCAAGGUUCCAAGAGGUACAAGGGUUAUGGUUAGGAAGUUGUGUGAGUUGGGUUGGUUGUUUAGGAAAGUUAAAGGGUAUAUUUCAGAGAGUAUGGAUCGGUUUCCAGCUGAAGGUGUGGGAACUGUAGGGCAGGCAUUUUGUGCUGCGUUACAGGAUGAGCUUUCAGAUUAUUAUAAAUUGUUGGCUGUGCUUGAAGCACAGGCGAUGAAUCCAAUUCCAUUGGUUUCAAAGUCAACUAGUUCGAGUAAUUAUUUGUCAUUGAGGAGGUUGUCAGUGUGGUUUGCUGAGCCAACAGUGAAAAUGAGGUUAAUGGCUGUUUUGGUUGAUAAAUGCAGAGUCUUGAGGGGUGGGGCAAUGGCUGCGGCUAUACAUUUGCAUGCCCAGCAUGGCGAUCCAUUGGUGCAUGAGUUCAUGAGGAGUUUACUGCAGCAUGUUUGUUCGCCACUUUUUGAAAUGGUUAGGAGUUGGGUUUUGGAAGGGGAGCUGGAGGAUAUUUUUGCUGAGUUCUUUGUUGUGGGUCAGCCAGUGAAAGCUGAAUCACUUUGGAGAGAAGGUUACAGGCUCCACGCUGGAAUGCUUCCUUCAUUCAUUUCACAACCCCUUGCUCAGCGCAUUUUAAGGACUGGGAAGUCAAUAAAUUUCCUUCGUGUCUGUUGUGAUGAUCGUGGUUGGGCUGAUACUGCAACAGAGGCUGCUGCUGCUGCUGGGACCACAACUAGAAGAGGGAGUCUUGGUUAUGGUGAAACUGAUGCACUUGAAACUCUGGUUGUUGAAGCAGCAAAGAGAAUUGACAAGCAUCUGUUGGAUGUUAUGUACACGAGGUAUAAAUUCAAAGAACACUGCCUUGCAAUCAAGCGUUAUUUACUGCUGGGGCAAGGUGAUUUUGUCCAGUAUUUAAUGGAUAUUGUUGGGCAGGAACUUUCUGAGCCUGCUAAUACAAUUAGUUCAUUCCAGUUGGCAGGGUUGCUGGAAAGUGCAAUUCGAUCAUCCAAUGCUCAGUAUGAUGAUCCUGACAUAUUAGAUAGGUUGAGGGUGAAGAUGUUGCCGCAUGGUACUGGAGAUAGAGGUUGGGAUGUAUUCUCGUUGGAAUAUGAUGCCAGAGUACCAUUAGACACAGUGUUUACUGAAUCUGUUAUGGCAAGGUAUUUAAGAAUUUUUAAUUUCCUGUGGAAGCUGAGGCGAGUGGAGCAUGCACUUAUUGGUGCGUGGAAGACAAUGAAACCUAAUUGUAUUACUUCUCAUUCUUUCACCAAGCUGCAGCAUGCAGUUAAGUUACAGUUACUCUCAACACUGAGACAAUGCCAGGUCCUUUGGAAUCAGAUGAAUCAUUUUGUUACAAACUUGCAAUAUUAUAUCAUGUUUGAAGUUCUGGAGGUUUCUUGGUCUAACUUCUCAAAUGAGAUGGAAGUGGCAAAGGAUCUUGAUGAUCUACUUGCAGCACAUGAUAAGUACCUCCACUCAAUUGUAGAGAAAUCUCUUCUUGGUGAACGAUCUCAAUCCCUUUACAAGUCACUAUUUGCCUUGUUUGACCUUAUACUGCAUUUCAGAAGUCAUGCAGAUCGGUUGUGUGAAGGAAUUUACGAGUUACAAGCAAGAACCAGGGCAUCCUCUUUGUCCUCUCAAGACAAGACAAAAUCACAAAGGCAGACAAGAGAUAAUCCGUCAGAGCCUGGAUCAUGGUUUAGUGAUGGCAGGAAGGCCCUGGAACAACGUGCUGGUGAAUUUCUUCAAAAUAUGGGGCGGGAACUGGAAGAAAUAGCAAAGGAAUAUACAGUGUUGCUCGAAGGUUUCUUGUCUCAGCUGCCUGUGCAACAACAUGUUGAUUUGAAAUUCCUCUUCUUUCGGCUUGACUUCACUGAAUUUUAUAGUAGGUUGCGUCCUGGCACAUAGCAAAGCUGUUAAUACACCUGAGUUUAAUCCAAUUUGCAACUCAAGGCAUGAACAGAGUGCAGUUAUUUGCUGGACCUUAAGUGAAGAAUUAUGCAAUGUCAUGCUGAUGCCAGGAUUGACCUUUAUGUUUCACUGCUUGAUUUUAGAUUGUUUGUGCUCCUUUCUAAGGGUUUACGUGAAAGUUUGCGAUCAUGUCAGAGUGGUUGCUGCUAUAAACAUAUCAUAAUUCCUUGUGUUGCUGGGAAGCUGUCCUUGCAAUGAAAACUGUGGUCUUAUCACAAGGGAUUGUUAACAGGCCCAUGCUAUCUCAAUAUCCUUCUUGCUGGCACACGAAUGAGCAAGACUGUUCAUUAAAUUAUAUCAUCAUAAAGAUUUGGCCUUGUUUGAUUAUUACCUCUUGGGGAAACGCUCUUGUGCAUACAACAUAGAUGGCUUGUGUUGCUGGAGAAUUAGAAUGAGGUGAAAGCAAAUACCCAGUUGAAGUCUUGAAGAAAGAUCAAAGUGACACCAUAGAGACAAAGGAAGCACCUCAUGCAUGCUUGACAGGGUGCCUCCCAUAAGCCAAAGAGUGGAAUGGUGUAUUAUUCUUUCUAGGACUGGUAGCACUUUGGUGAGAGUGUCCCUUAGCCCUUGGAAUAUUUAUUGAGUGUUUGCUUGUCUAGCUGAAUAUGUUAGCUUAAAUGUUUCAGCCAGUAGUGUCGGUUUCAUUUUUGUCUACCCAGUUUGACAAGUGAUAUUGCUAUGUUAUGAAGUUAUAGAGAAGCAUAAAAUCAGCAUGAGGUUCAAAAUUGAAAAACAUUCUACACUAAGUUAAGGCUUCAUUAGCUUUUGAUGAAAACUUGAAAAAAAUGUAUUUCUUUCUUCCUCCAGUGUCGUCCAUAAGAUGCUGCAAUUUUUCAGAGAAUCAUAAUGGGUUCUGCAGCAUUGCUUUCUUUGUAUAUUUAACUCAUCAUACAGUUGAGCACCCUGAGUCUAACUGAAGUAGAAACUAUUUGUUUUGCUACUAUAAAUGUUUUAUUUGCUGCUGAUCU